AUGGUUUUAAAUGAACCAUCCAUUUGUUUAAUUUGUGAUAAGGAAGCUUUCAAAUGGAUUCCUCUAAUAAUAAACGAAUGGAAAAUAAAAUAUUUAUUUUGUAAUGAUGAGAAAUUAAAAAAUUGCUUUAUAGAUACAUUUGGUUUAUUUGAUGCACAAACAAAUACUACUAACGACAUUUUUAAUUAUUUAGAUCAUCUUAAUCCUGAAAAUGUUGACUUAUUAUUUUUAGCUCUAUCUACUAAUGUAUUUCAUGAAUUAGUUAUAGAACAUAUAAUAAAGCAAAAAAAAUUCUUUUAUGUAUUCAGUUCUAAUUUACCAACAUUAAAUAUUCAAAAAUUAGAAAAUUUUCGCAUAUUAUUAAAUAACUUUAAUACAACAACAGAUAUAAUAUAUGAUGUGAAGGAAGAAUUUAAAAAUAAUAAUAAACAAUUUUAUUGGAAUAUAUUUAAUCCUUUAUUAAAUGAACGAGUUUUUUACACCCUUAAAAGUGUGCUUAAUGAAAUAGGUUAUAUAUAUGGUGUACAAAUAGAGUCAACAUUUAUUCCUUUUUUUGUCGAAAAUGAAGAAGUAAAAAAUAUUUUAUUUUAUAGAGCUGUUUUAAUAAUUUCUUUAAUUGAAUUUUUAUUUGAAAAAUCUAAAUAUGUUUUGGCAAAAUGUUAUUCAAUUAAAAAUGAGAAUGCUCUAAUUAACUGCAUAUCAGGUAACGUUAUUUUCGAUUCUUUAAAUUGCAAUUUCAAUAUUUCUACUAAUAGUCCAAAUAAAAUAUUUGUAUUAAAAAUAUAUGGAGAAAAUGGUUUUAUUAAUGUAUCCUACAACAAGGAGCAUAGUUGUUUUCAAUUACAACGUUGUUUAAAUCAUUAUGAGUAUCCGAGUCUAUUCAUAGGAGAUUCUCAGCAAAGCGUGUUAAAUGAGCUAAAAUAUUUCAUAGAAGAAAAACUGUAUACAAAUAAAUAUGUUAAUAAUUAUAUAGAUUCUAUGCAUGUUUCUUUAUGUUUAUGGAAAAGUGAAGGAGCAAAUAUAUCACUAGAAAAUGAAAAGAGUAAUUAUGCUAAUGAAAAUAACAAUGACAAAAAAAUAGUAAUAGAAAAUAAAUGUGUAGCUGCAUGA